AGCUUUCAUGUACAUCUUUUUUGGUAUAACAAAACAAAGCUGUGUAUGUAACUUUAAAUUACACCCUUUUCACUUUUACGACGGUCCCUAACUUCAGUGGGUCAUCUCUCCUACUUUCAAUCCUUGCAGGCUUUAAGCUAUGUGAAACAUAUCCUGUGCUACAUCAGGAGAUAUUUAUCUACAUAUAUUUACUACAGAACCGUUGCCAAUUGAUGGUCAUGGUGUAACGUAGGCUAUAGCAACCUCGGUGAGUGUGGGUAACGUUACACUUCCAGCAGUUGGUGCUGCCGUGCCCGGCUGUACCGCCAGCCACCGGGGGACCCGAGCAUCUGAAGCGGAGUGGGGGUAGUCAGCUAAGCUGCUUACAGCCCGGCCAGCAGGCCCACAGUUCAACUGAUGCGAAGAAGGGACGGCUUUAUCACCGCAGCGAAACAUGGCAUAUAAAGAGAGGUGUUGUUCGGUAUUGCUGGCAUCGAAAUAACUGGAUCAGACAUCCUGAAGGAAUGUUCAGCCUCACAGAAGUAGCCUCCCUGAAUGACAUCCAGCCGACUUAUCGAAUACUGAAACCAUGGUGGGAUGUCUUCAUGGAUUAUCUUGGUAUUGUCAUGUUGAUGUUGGCCAUAUUUUCUGGAACGAUGCAGUUAACUAAGGACCAAGUGGUUUGUCUUCCCAUUAUGGAACAAACUCCAGAGGGGGCUGGGGGCUUUUUAGGACCCCAACCCCCAGAGAUAGUUGAUAGUUUAUGGAACAAAGAAAGCGCCGUUGGAGAGCAAGCCGCUCCUUUAAUGGCUAGAAGGCCUCCUGAUAGCAUCGCCCCUACAGUUCACUUCACGCAGUCGGGUACUCUUGGGCAGCCUCAGCCUACAGGUGUCAGGACUAAGCUGGAUUUUCAGCAGUAUGUUUUUGUCAAUCAGAUGUGCUACCAUGUUGCCCUUCCUUGGUAUUCCAAAUAUUUCCCAUACCUGGCUCUAAUUCACACCAUUGUAUUAAUGGUCAGUAGCAACUUCUGGUUCAAGUACCCAAAGACAAGUUCCAAAAUAGAACAUUUUGUUUCGAUACUGGGAAAAUGUUUCGAAUCGCCUUGGACUACCAAAGCACUGUCCGAGACUGCCUGCGAGGACUCGGAGGAGAAUAAGCAGAGACUGGCUGGGGCCUCCUCCCUCCUGAAGCAUCUGUCAACAUGCAGCGAGGAGGGGAGUCCAAAUCAGUCCGCCCCAAUGCUGACUAAACCUGGGCUCACGUUUUCUGCUGAAAAGCUUGUGAGUGAAGUUCCCGCCAUGACCAUUCUGGACAAGAAAGAUGGUGAGCAAGCAAAAGCCCUGUUUGAAAAAGUCCGGAAAUUCCGUGCCCAUGUGGAAGACAGUGACUUGAUUUACAGGCUGUAUGCCAUUCAGACAGUCAUCAAAACAGUUAAGUUCAUUUUGAUCCUCUGCUACACGAUGACUUUUGUUGCCUCUAUAGAAUUUGACCAUGUGUGUGAGCCUGAAAUAAAGCAUUUGACUGGAUACACAAAGUUCCACUGUACACACAACAUGGCGUUCAUGUUAAAGAAACUCCUUGUUAGUUAUAUUGCUCUUAUAUGCGUUUAUGGCAUAAUCUGUAUAUACACACUGUUCUGGCUUUUUCGGAGACCACUUAAGGAGUAUUCCUUUGAAAAAGUCAGAGAGGAGAGCAGCUUCAGUGAUAUUCCAGAUGUUAAGAAUGACUUUGCAUUCCUCCUCCACAUGGUCGAUCAGUAUGACCAGCUGUAUUCAAAGCGUUUUGGUGUUUUUCUCUCUGAGGUGAGUGAGAACAAACUUCGGGAGAUCAGCCUGAACCAUGAGUGGACCUUUGAGAAGUUGCGGCAGCAUGUGACGCGUAAUUCUCAAGAAAAGUUGGAACUCCAUCUUUUUAUGCUCUCCGGGAUGCCAGAUGCUGUGUUUGAUCUCACUGAUUUGGAAAUCCUUAAACUAGAAUUAAUCCCAGAGGCCAGGAUAACAGCUAAAAUCUCACAAAUGAUAAACCUCCAGGAGCUGCACUUGUAUCACUGUCCAGCCAAAGUUGAACAGACUGCUUUCAUUUUUCUGCGUGAUCAUCUCCGGUGCCUUCAUGUCAAAUUCACAGAUGUUGCUGAGAUUCCAAGCUGGGUAUACUUGUUGAAAAAUUUAAGGGAACUGUACUUGGUUGGUAACCUGAACUCUGAAAACAACAAAAUGAUCGGACUCGAGUCUCUGCGAGACCUCAGGCACUUAAAUAUUCUGCAUCUCAAAAGCAACCUAACAAAGAUCCCGACAAACAUAACGGAUCUGUCUCCACAUCUGAUCAAGUUGGUCAUUCAUAAUGAUGGUACAAAGCUCUUAGUGCUGAAUAGUUUGAAGAAAAUAAUGAAUCUCGCCGAACUGGAGCUUCUUAACUGUGAGCUGGAGCGAAUCCCCCAUGCCAUUUUCAGUUUGAACAACCUUCAGGAACUUGAUCUAAAAUCCAACAACAUUCGUACCAUUGAGGAGAUCAUCAGCUUCCAGCACCUUAAGCGACUGACGUGCCUCAAACUUUGGCACAAUAAAAUCAUCUCCAUUCCAUUGUCAAUUAGCCAUGUCAAAAACCUUGAGUCGCUCUAUCUCUCACACAACAAGCUUGAGUCUCUACCCUCAUCGUUAUUCACCCUUCCCAAGUUGAGGUACCUCGAUGUUAGCCACAACUCUAUAGUGGUAAUACCACUGGAGGCUGGCUUUCUGCAGAACCUCCAACAUUUUGCCAUUACCGGCAACAAAGUCGAGGUAGUUCCUAAGCAACUGUUCAAAUGCAACAAACUGAGGACCUUAUGUCUCGGUCACAACUGUAUCUCUUCCAUUCCAGAGAAAAUUGGCCAACUGUCACAGCUGACACAUUUGGAACUGAAGGGAAACUGUCUGGAUCGUCUCCCGGCUCAGCUUGGUCAAUGCAGCCUCCUGCACAGGAGCUGCCUGAUUGUGGAGGAUCAUCUCUUUGACACGCUCCCCAUGGAGGCAAAAGAGAGCAUUAAUCAGGAAUCUAGUGCUUCUUUUCCAAAUGGGUGUAAAUGUCUAAGUGAUGGACGGUAGUCACAUCCUACGUGGCAUAAAAUGUCUGGCAUUUCAUCUUGGGUGUAAAUAAGUCUUUUAAAAAUUUGAAACUGUAUUUACAUGGUACAGUACUGGUGCACUUCAUGAUGUAUUGGUAACUUAUGAAAUGAACAUACCACAACACAUACAAGGUCGGUACAACUGGAGAAAUUUAGAGGAACUCUAGGAUUGAUCAUGGCUGGUGUCAUGUCUACAGUGGAUCUAUGGACAUUUCUAUCCUUUUGAAACAACCCUCCUUUUUAUCUUUGUGAUUUAAAUUAAUUGUAUUUACAUUAACUAGAUACACCUAAUUGACCUCAACUUAAAAGGGACAGUUUACUCAAAUUACAAAAACACCUUUCCCGUAAUGGUAUCUAACCAUGCAGUUAGUUCAGAAAUUUCUGCCUCCACCCAAAUAAAAUUGAUCUUAGUAGAUUUUGGUCUGCACCUCACGGCAACAGGAUAUCAUGUUUGAAAUGAUUCAACAGCAUUAUUUCUACAUUUUAUCAAAUAUUCUUAGUGAAACCUGUUUACAGCAAGUUUGUUGAUUAUCCAGAGUGACUGGGUCAUUCUGGAAGAAGAUGUUGCUGUUGAAAUGUUCAAGGAUGCACAAAAUGCCAUUCCCCUCAAUUGAAUUGGGAUGGAGGCAAGAAAUCUUAAGUACGGAUAUUUCAAAACUUGAGGAUGAUGGCGAGAUAUAGUAAGCAAAUAUGUUUCUAUGUUAUCAAAUAUGUUGUUUCUGUUCUGUUAUUUGGGUGAACUGACCCCUUAAAAAAAAAAAAUUCUACUCAAGAUCCAAUUGCCAGCUUCGCAAUUUGGUGAUAUCAGACCGUCCUCUCAAAGAAAGCCGUAUAGGUAGAUUGUGCAAGCAGCCUAUUAUGACCCAUAUUUAUGUUAUGUUUAUGUCUAGUGGCUAUAGUAAUCAUGGUGGGAGUAAAGGCGAAAAUCAGGUGAUGUAGUCUAAAAGCCAAUUUGUGCUUCUACGUUAAAUCAACGCUGUAGCUACGUACGUAGAUACCGACCCUACGCCGGACCCUACGCCGUAGCCUGACGUGCACCUCUCAAAAAAUGUAACUUCACUGUGACGCUCCGCCGCAGCUUGGUAGCGUUGCAUUUCUGUCUACUCAUUUCCUGGUUCUCCUUCUCCAUAAACAACAUGAAAUCAAGGAGAAGGUUAACUUUUCCUGCUACAGAUUUCCGACUGUGGUCAGAAAGCACACGGGGAGACACUUUGUGUCUCCCACUAUGCCUCUAGAGUCGCCACUCGCUCUGAAGCUUAUCGCGUCCCUCUCUCACUGGCUCUACCACACGCUCCCCACACACAUGCCAGCCCUAAAGAGAUCGACGCACACACCAAUGCACAAGUAUAAAAUUCAGGCCACUUACGUAGGCUACGGCGAAAGCUCUGCUUGGAGCCUCCGCACAACCAUAAAUCAAGCUUAAGAGUGCCAAAGUGGGUUGGGGUGGUGGAUGGGUCAAACAAACCCAGGACUCUCACCCAGGAGACAGCUGUUUGUGUGCCACGGGAAACCAAAAGUCAAUGUUGACUUUCUUUAGGUAAACCAACUUUGUUACGGAUUUACCCAAUCCAUGAUCUUUUCCUAACCCUAACCAAGUAGUUUUUUGCCUAAACUUACCCAAGCAGUUCCGUUUCACAACGUUAAACACGUGUUUACAACUACGACCGUUUCGCAACAUUAAAUAGAGCUGUCACGUGUUAUGGUCACACGAUCAAAACUGCCACCCUUGUCUAGGUUAGUGCUGCUGUCAGUGCCCUAUGACCAAAAGGCACAGGUAAAAAGACUGGAGGUGGUCCCCGGGUGCCUGUUGCUGCCAACUGCUCCUGUAUUGACACAUUUAAUUUCUCUGUGAAUGAUAAGAAAAGCACCUUUAAACUUUGAGCACCUUUUAAACAAUGACAUAUGCUGCAUAAACAAAUUAAAGAACUGUGUAGGUAUAACCUAGUAUUAUUAACCUUAUGCACUCUGAUUUGAAUAUACCUUGUACUUUUACGCACCAACAUGAUGAGGUUCCCAUCCAAACCUUGUCACUACUUCUUGAAAAGUCUUGAUUCAUGUUCAUUAUCACUCAGCGGUAUCAUUAUUUUUGAUACAGUUGAUUUUUUCAAAGGAAUAGAUAGUACAUUGUUUCCUUUUUUGUGUACAGCCAACCCACAAGUAUGUUUUUUAGUUGUACUUUUGCUCACAAUUGUUUUAUUCUUGUAAACACUGUAUUUUCCAUGCAUUUUGUGUGUAAUUUGUAUGUAUAUAUUAUCUCAUUGACUUUUAUCUGUUCUUCUCUUUACACAGCACUUUGUGAACCUGGUUUUAAAAUGUGCUAAAUGAAUCAAAAGCUGCUUUUGCACCAAGAGCAUAUUUGGAGGUUGUACAGUUAAAUCUUGAUGCCUGAAAUACCCGCCAUUUAUGUUUAAAUUAAUUUAUCCAUUGUUAAACAACAGUGUACAUACAAUACAAUCUUCUUACUUAGUGUUGUUACUGCUUAGAAACACAUCACAACUAGGAAACAGGGUUAAGAAUGGGGUUUCUAAACAUUUUGACCAAUAUACACAUUACAUUCAGUGUUUUUUUCAGAACUGAUUACAUUUUUACAAUUUGGUAUACAAGUUUGUAUUCCAAAAAUGACAGAUUUGAACAGCUAAACAUGCAAAUCACUGAAUUGUCUCCUGCUGUUUGGUAAAAAUAAAAUACAUGAAGCAGUAUAAGACACAGUGCUCCUAUACUUCACUUCACCAGUUCAUUCAACAUACUGCUUAUGAAUGACAUAUUUUUUUUUUUUUAACAUAGGUGUAUGAUAACUAGGCCAUAGUUACAGUAUUUCACAAAAUACAAACUAUAUUCAAUUAUAUAUUCAAUUCUUCUUUCUUACUGAUCGUGUGUGUGUGUGUGUGUGUGUGUGUGUGUGUGUGUGUGUGUGUGUGUGUGUGUGUGUGUGUGUGUGUGUGUGUGUGUGUGUGUGUGUGUGUGUGUGUGUGUGUGUGUGUGUGUGUGUGUGAGAGAGAGAAAAGGCAGAUAGUUGUUUGCAUAUGAACAUUGUGAGGCAAAUCAACACAUUUCACUCAAAUAAAUAUGAAUGACUAAAAAUAA